GCACUUCAUCCCGGAAAUAUCGUUUGAAGAAGUUCCUCCUGUGCUUCCUGUCAGUUAAUCCACUUGUUGAGGAGACGAGGGGGGAAAAAAACCUUUAAGCUUCACCAGAAGUCGCAACAAUGGCGGAAACCGGCGGAUAAAAAAAGAAGCAGCAGUUAGUAAAACAAAACCCGGCGGCUGAGCACCAUGUUCGGUUUCAGAGAAGCCGGUGUCCUCGGCGCCUCCGUGGCUCUUGCGGGGGGACUCGCCUAUCUUAUCUGGAACUACGCGUCUUCCUACGGGGAGAAUAAACCUGAAAUGCGUUGCGCGCUGCAGUCUAGGCCUGCUGAGUCAUCAGGAACACAGGUGCUGGUUCUGGGUCUUGAUGGAGCAGGUAAGACCAGCCUGCUGCACUGUUUGGCCACCAGCAGCCUCGAGCUGGACUUGCAGCCUACGCAGGGCUUGAACGCCCUCUCCAUCAACCGAGAGGAUCUGCAGAUCGAGUUCCUAGAAAUUGGAGGUAAAGAGGAGCUCCGGCCAUACUGGAAGAAGUACAUGCCCAGGGCUCUUGUGCUGGUGUUCGUGGUCGACUCCUCAAGCCCACAGCUCUUCCCCCUCGCUAAGAUGCUUUUGCAUGAGCUGCUGGCCUCUGACCCCCACCUGCCUUUAAUGGUACUGGCCAACAAACAGGACCUUCCAGGAGCUUGCAGCAUUACUGACCUCCACGAUGCUCUGUCUCUGUCCGAGGUCGGAGACCGCAGGUUGUUCCUCAUCAGCACCCAUGUGAAGCAGGGAGAGGCAGAGCUCAGCUCAGGCGUUCAGGAUGCUCAAGACCUGAUCAUCCAAAUGGUUUGUGACCGUAGAUAAAACGCUCUCGGUCAAGUUGGUGGCUGUCACGUA